AUGAAAUUGUUGCGACGAAAGAAGGAGACGAUAACGAAACAUGCUACAGAAAAGUCAGUACAGGAACUGGAGCGGAAACCACCAGUGACAUUUGCGCUCCUAGGGGUCAUGUAUAUGCUCCAUAUGCAAGUGAAACAAAACCCGUCCCCGUUUCUUCAAUUCUCGCUAUGUCCUGACAAAGUGGUGGCUAACUACGAGAUUGGGGCGAUGGUCAUUGCUCCUUUCAUUCAUCUUGACGAGGCAUAUCUCUAUCAGAGCAUGUUGUCUCUUGUGUGGAAAGGGUACAAGCUUGAGGCAAAGCUGGGUAGUCUAGGCUUUUGUAUCCUUUUGGUCUAUCUGAUCGUACUGUCUCAAGUGCUUAUUGUGUUUGGAGCAUAUAUGAUAUCCCCGGUAUCGCAAUAUGUCUCGGAUAAGUUGGUUGAAAAGUAUGAGCCUGACGUUAUGGUUAUUUUGAACGUUGGUUCGCCUUCUAUCACAAAUUUUUACAACUUUAAAGUGCCGACAAAGUAUGCAGCAUGGCUGGAGCUGCUUCUGACGUAUGUUAUGGUCCCAAAGUUGCCACUGCUGGCUCAAGCCGCUGGGCUUAUCACAGGAUAUCUAUACAUCGUGACUCCAAACGCAGAUGCGCUUGUCAAGUAUGCAGCGUGCCGUGUCUAUCAACUUUUAGUUCAAGUUAGACUUGUCAAAAAGCCCUAUAGAUGGUGGCAGGUCUGGCCAAAAUUUGUCGAUUCAAUGCGUCGACGGAAAUUGCGUAUAGCUGCACAAUGUUAA